AUGCUAAACUGUAUAUUAUCUGCUUACGAGACACAAUCCUUACCCUUUCUAAAUCAGAAAAUUCAACGAGACGAGUUUUCUGUCCUAAAUGAUAUCGUGGCGAAUCAUCUUGCGCUGGACCCAUAUAUGAAGCUUUUUCUGAACAUUACGCGGAGUUUGACGGGAGACCAGCGACUCACGAUUCGUGGCUUCAGUCCCUACCUGAGCGAGCACGUGGCCAUGUUUUUCUUCGUGGAGACAUCGUGUGAACCUUACAAGGAUCACAUUGUGGCACACCAGGACCAAGGUCUGUCGACAAUGACCAGGAUAAACGGCGCCAUUUCUCAGUACCCACCAUUCUCGGUCCUGUUCUCCUGUCGAAACGGCAGCCCGAUGGCUAAGACCCCUGCGUCUUGUACCUCGAAAAUAAAUCUAGGAGACAUUGAAUGA